AUGUGGACGUGGUCGUGGACGUGGACGUGGUCGUGGGCCGUGGACGUGGUCGUGGACGUGGACGUGGUCGUGGACGUGGACGUGGUCGUGGACGUGGAUGUGGACGUGGACCUGGACGUGGACGUGGACGUGGACGUGGACGUGGACGUGGACGUGGACGUGGACGUGGACUUGGACGACGUGGACGUGGACGUGGACGACGUGGACGUGGACGUGGACGUGGACGUGGACGUGGACGACGUGGACGUGGACGUGGACGUGGACGUGGACAUGGACGUGGACGUGGAUGUGGAGGUGGACGUGGAGGUGGACGUGGACGUGGACUGGGACGUGGAGGUGGACGUGGACGUGGACGACUUGGACGUGGACAUGGACGUGGACUGGGACGUGGACGUGGACAUGGACUUGGACGUGGACGUGGACAUGGACGUGGACGUGGACAUGGACAUAGACGUGGACGUGGACAUGGAGGCCUUGGACGUGGACAUGGACGUGGACGUGGACGUGGACAUGAACGUGGACGUGGACAUGGACGUGGACAUGGACGUGGAUGUGGACGUGGACGUGGACCUGGACGUGGAUGUGGACGUGGACGUGGGAACGUGGACGUGGACAUGGACGUGGAUGUGGACGUGGACAUGGACGUGGACAUGGACGUGGACGUGGGACGUGGACGUAGACAUGGACGUGGACGUGGACAUGGACGUGGACGUGGACGUGGACAUGGACGUGGACGUGGACGUGGACGUGGACGUGGACGUGGAGGUGGACAUGGACGUGGACGUGGACAUGGACGUGGACGUGGACGUGUACGUGGACGUGGACGUGGAGGACGUGGACGUGGACGCGGAGGACGUGGACGUGGACGUGGACAUGGACGUGGACGUGGACGUGGACGUGGACAUGGACGUGGACGUGGACGUGGACGUGGACGUGGACGAGGACAUGGACGUGGACGUGGACGUGGACGUGGACGUGGACGUGGACGUGGACAUGGUCGUGGACGUGGACGUGGACGUGGACAUGGACGUGGAGGUGGACGUGGUCGUGGACGUGGACGUGGACGUGGACGUGGACGUGGACGUGGACGUGGUCGUGGACGUGGACGUGGACCUGGACGUGGAUGUGGACGUGGACGUGGACGUGGACGUGGACGUGGACGUGGACCUGGACGUGGUCGUGGACGUGGACGUGGACGUGGACGUGGACGUGGACCUGGACGUGGUCGUGGACGUGGACGUGGACGUGGACGUGGACGUGGACCUGGACGUGGACGUGGACGUGGACGUGGACGUGGACGUGGACGUGGACGUGGACGUGGAUAUGGACGUGGACGUGGACGUGGACAUGGACAUGGACUUGGACGUGAAUAUGGACGUGGUCGUGGAUGUGGACGUGGACGUGGACGCGGAGGACGUGGACGUGGACACGGAGGACGUGGACGUGGACGCGGUGGACGUGGAUGUGGACGUGGACCUGGUCGUGGACGUGGACGUGGAAAUGGACGUGGACGUGGACGUGGACGUGGACGUGGACAUGGACGUGGACGUGGACGUGGACAUGGUCGUGGACGUGGAACGUGGACACGUGGACGUGGACGUGGACGUGAACAUGGACGUGGACGUGGACGUGGACGUGGACGUGGUCGUGGACGUGGUCGUGGACGUGGACGUGGACGUGGACGUGGAGGACUUGGACAUGGACAUGGACGUGGACAUGGACGUGGACGUAGACAUGGACGUGGACGUGGACGUGGACAUGGACGUGGACGUGGACGUGGACGUGGACGUGGACGUGGACGUGGACAUGGACGUGGACGUGGACGUGGACGUGGACAUGGACGUGGACGUGGUCGUGGACGUGGACGUUGACAUGGACAUGGACGUGGACGUGGACGUGGACGUGGACGUGGACGUGGACAUGGACGUGGACACUGUGGACGUGGACGGAGACGUGGACGUGGUCGUCCACGACGUGGACGUUGACGUGGACGUGGACGUGGACGCGGACGUGGAUGCGGACGUGGACGCGGACGUGGACACCGCGGACGUGGACGCGGACGUGGACGCGGACGUGGACGCGGACGUGGACGCGGACGUGGACGCGGACGUGGACGCGGACGUGGACGCGGACGUGGACGCGGACGUGGACGCGGACGUGGACGCGGACGUGGACGCGGACGUGGACGCGGACGUGGACGCGGACGUGGACGCGGACGUGGACGCGGACGUGGACGUGGACGUGGACGUGGUGGACGUCGACGUGGACGUCGACGUGGUCGUGGACGUGGUCGUGGACGUGGACUGGACUGGACGUGGAGUGAACAUGGACCGUGGGUUGGACAUGGACGUGGAUGUGGACGUGGACAUGGACGUGGACGUGGACGUGGACGUAGACAUGGACGUGGACGUGGACAUGGACGUGGACGUGGACGUGGACAUGGACGUGGACGUGGACGUGGACGUGGACGUCGACGUGGAGGUGGACAUGGACGUGGACGUGGACAUGGACGUGGACGUGGACGUGGACGUGGACGUGGACGUGGAGGUGGACAUGGACGUGGACAUGGUCGUGGACGUGGACGUGGACAUGGACGUGGACAUGGACGUGGACGUGGACGUGGACGUGGACGUGGACGUGGACGUGGACGUGGACGUGGACGUGGACCUGGUCGUGGACGUGGACCUGGUCAUGGACGUGGACGUGGACGUGGACGUGGACGUGGACGUGGACGUGGACGUGGACGUGGUCGUAGACGUGGACAUGGACGUGGACAUGGACGUGGACGUGGACGUGGACGUGGACGUGGUCGUGGACAUGGACCUGGACGUGGACGUGGACGUGGACGUGGAGUGUGGACGUGGUCGUGGACGUGGACGUGGACGUGGACGUGGACGUGGACGUGGACGUGGACGUGGUCGUGGACGUGGACGUGGACCUGGACGUGGACGUGGACGUGGACGUGGACGUGGACGUGGACGUGGACCUGGACGGGUCGUGGACGUGGACGUGGACGUGGACGUGGACGUGGACGUGGACCUGGACGUGGUCGUGGACGUGGACCUGGACGUGGACAUGGACGUGGACAUGGACGUGGACAUGGACGUGGACAUGGACGUGGACGUGGACGUGGACGUGGACGUGGACGUGGACGUGGACGUGGACGUGGACGUGGACGUGGACGUGGACGUGGACGUGGACGUGGACGUGGACGUGGACGUGGACGUGGACCUGGUCGUGGACGUGGACCUGGUCGUGGACGUGGACGUGGACGUGGACGUGGACGUGGAAGUGGACGUGGACGUGGACGUGGUCGUGGACGUGGACGUGGACGUGGACGUGGACGUGGACGUGGACGUGGGCAUGGACGUGGACGUGGACGUGGACGUGGUCAUGGACGUGGAGGACUUGGACGUGGACGUGGACGUGGACGUGGUCGUGGACGUGGACGUGGACGUGACGUGGACGUGGACGUCCACUGACGUGGACGUAGACGUGGACGUGGACGGAGACGUGGACGUGGUCGUCCACGACGUGGACGUGGACGUGGACGUGGACGUGGACGCGGACGUGGACGUGGACGUGGACGCGGACGUGGACGCGGACGUGGACGCGGACGUGGACGCGGACGUGGACGCGGACGUGGACGCGGACGUGGACGCGGACGUGGACGUGGACGUGGACGCGGACGUGGACGCGGACGUGGACGCGGACGUGGACGCGGACGUGGACGCGGACGUGGACGCGGACGUGGACGCGGACGUGGACGCGGACGUGGACGUCGACGUGGUCGUGGACGUGGUCGUGGACGUGGACCUGGACGUGGACUGUGGACGACUUGACGUGGACAUGGACGUGGACGUGGACGUGGACGUGGACGUGGACGUGGACGUGGACGUGGACAUGGACGUGGACGUGGACAUGGACAUGGACGUGGACGUGGACGUGGAGGCCUUGGACGUGGACAUGGACGUGGACGUGGACGUGGACGUGGACGUGGACGUGGACGUGGACGUGGACAUGGACGUGGAUGUGACGUGGACGUGGACAUGGACGUGGACUGGACAUGGACGUGGACAUGGACGGGACGUGGACGUGGACAUGGACGUGGACGUGGACGUGGACGUGGACGUGGACGUGGACGUGGACGUGGACGUGGACGUGGACGUGGACGUGGACGUGUCCGUGGACGUGGACGUGGACGUGGACGUGGACGUGGACGUGGACGUGGACGUGGACGUGGACGUGGACGUGGACGUGGACGUGGACGUGGACAUGGACGUGGACGUGGACGUGGACGUGGACGUGGACGUGGACGUGGUCGUGGACAUGGACCUGGACGUGCGUGGACGUGGCUGGACGUGGACAUGGACGUGGACGUGGACGUGGACGUGGACGUGGACGUGGACGUGGACGUGGGUGGACUUGGACGUGGACGUGGACGUGGACGUGGACGUGGACGUGGACGUGGACGUGGACGUGGACGUGGACGUGGACGUGGACGUGGACGUGGACGUGGACGUGGACGUGGACGUGGACGUGGACGUGGACGUGGACGUGGACGUGGACGUGGACGUGGACGUGGACGUGGACGUGGACGUGGACGUGGACGUGGACGUGGACGUGACUGGACGUGGACGUGGACGUGGACAUGGACUGUGGACGUGGACGUGGACGUGGACGUGGACUGGACGUGGACGUGACGUGGACGUGGACGUGGACGUGGACGUGGACGUGGUCGUGGACGUGGACGUGGACGUGGACGUGGACGUGGACGUGGACGUGGACGUGGACGUGGACGUGGACGUGGACGUGGACGUGGACGUGGACGUGGACGUGGACGUGGACGUGGACGUGGACAUGGACGUGGACGUGGACGUGGACGUGGUCAUGGACGUGGAGGACUUGGACGUGGACGUGGACGUGGACGUGGACGUGGACGUGGACGUGGACGUGGUCGUGGACGUGGACGUGGACGUGGUCGUGGACGUGGACGUGGACGUGGACGUGGACGUGGACGUGGACGUGGACAUGGACGUGGACGUGGACGUGGACGUGGACGUGGACGUGGACGUGGACGUGGAUAUGGACGUGGACGUGGACGUGGACAUGGACAUGGACGUGGACGUGGAUAUGGACGUGGUCGUGGAUACGUGGACGUGGACAUGGACGUUGGACGUGGACGUGGACGUGGACGUGGUCGUGGACGUGGACCUGGACGUGGACAUGGACGUGGACGUGGACGUGGUCGUGGACGUGGACCUGGACGUGGACGUGGACGUGACGUGGACCUGGACGUGGACGUGGGUCGUGGACGUGGACCUGGACGUGGACGUGGACGUGGACGUGGACCUGGACGUGGUCCACUUGGACGUGGACAUGGACGUGGACAUGGACGUGGACGUAGACAUGGACGUGGACGUGGACGUGGACAUGGACGUGGACGUGGACGUGGACGUGGACGUGGACGUGGACGUGGACAUGGACGUGGACGUGGACGUGGACGUGGACAUGGACGUGGACGUGGUCGUGGACGUGGACGUUGACAUGGACAUGGACGUGGACGUGGACGUGGACGUGGACGUGGACGUGGACAUGGACGUGGACGUGGACGUGGACGUGGUCGACGUGGACGUGGUCGUCCACGACGUGGACUUGGACGUGGACAUGGACGUGGACGUGGACCUGGACGUGGUCGUGGACGUGGACGUGGACAUGGUCGUGGACGUGGACGUGGACGUGGACGUGGACGUGGACGUGGACGUGGACGUGGACGUGGACGUGGACGCGGACGUGGACGUGGACGUGGACGUGGACGUGGACGUGGACGUGGACGUGGACGCGGACGUGAACGUGGACGCGGACGGACGUGGACACGUGGACGUGGACGUGGACGUGGACGUGGACGUGGACGUGGACGUAGACGUGGACGUGGACGUGGACGUGGACGUGGACGUGGACGUGGACGUGGACGUGGACGUGGACGUGGACGUGGACGUGGACAUGGACGUGGACGUGGACGUGGACGUGGAGGUGGACGUGGACGUGGACGUGGAGGUGGACAUGGAGGUGGACAUGGACGUGGACGUGGACGUGGACGUGGACGUGGACGUGGACGUGGACGUGGACGUGGACGUGGACAUGGACGUGGACGUGGUCGUGGACGUGGACGUGGACAUGGACGUGGACAUGGACGUGGACAUGACUGGACUGGACGUGGACAUGGACUUGGACGUGGACGUGGACAUGGACGUGGACGUGGACAUGGACAUAGACGUGGACGUGGACAUGGAGGCCUUGGACGUGGACAUGGACGUGGACGUGGACGUGGACAUGAACGUGGACGUGGACAUGGACGUGGACAUGGACGUGGAUGUGGACGUGGACGUGGACAUGGACGUGGAUGUGGACGUGGACGUGGACGUGGACGUGGACAUGGACGUGGAUGUGGACGUGGACAUGGACGUGGACGUGGACGUGGACGUAGACAUGGACGUGGACGUGGAUAUGGACGUGGACGUGGACGUGGACAUGGACGUGGACGUGGACGUGGACGUGGACGUGGACGUGGACAUGGACGUGGACGUGACAUGGACGUGGACGUGGACGUGGACGUGGACGUGGACGUGGACGUGGACGUGGACGUGGACAUGGUCGUGGACGUUUGACGUGGACAUGGACGUGGACAUGGACGUGGACGUGGACGUGGACGUGGACGUGGACGUGGACGUGGACGUGGACGUGGACGUGGACGUGGACCUGGUCGUGGACGUGGACCUGACAUGGACGUGGACGUGGACCGUGGACGUGGACAUGGACGUGGACGUGGACGUGGACAUGGACGUGGACGUGGACGUGGACGUGGACGUGGACGUGGACGUGGACGUGGACGUGGACGUGGACGUGGACGUGGAGGUGGACAUGGACAUGGACGUGGACGUGGACGUGGACGUGGACGUGGACGUGGAGGUGGACAUGGACGUGGAGGUGGACAUGGACGUGGACAUGGUCGUGGACGUGGACAUGGACGUGGACAUGGACGUGGACGUGGACGUGGACAUGGACGUGGACGUGGACGUGGACGUGGACGUGGACGUGGGACGUGGACUGGACGCGGACGUGGACGCGGACGUGGACGCGGACGUGGACGCGGACGUGGACGCGGACGUGGACGCGGACGUGGACGCGGACGUGGACGCGGACGUGGACGCGGACGUGGACGCGGACGUGGACGCGGACGUGGACGCGGACGUGGACGCGGACGUGGACGCGGACGUGGACGCGGACGUGGACGCGGACGUGGACGCGGACGUGGACGCGGACGUGGACGUGGACGUCGACGUGGACGUGGACGCGGACGUGGACGCGGACCUGGACGCGGACGUGGACGCGGACGCGGGACGCGGACGACGUAUGGACGUGGACGUGGACGUGGACGUGGACGUGGUCGUGGACGUGGACGUGGACGUGGACGUGGACGUGGACGUGGACGUGGUCGUGGACGUGGUCGUGGACGUGGACGUGGACGUGGACGUGGACGUGGACGUGGUCGUGGACGUGGACGUGGACGUGGACGUGGACGUGGACGUGGACGUGGACGUGGACGUUGACCUGGACGUGGACGUGGACGUGGACGUGGAUGGACGUGGACGUGGACGUGGACUUGGACGUGGACUUGGACGUGGACUUGGACGUGGACUUGGACGUGGACGUGGACGUGGACGUGGACGUGGACGUGGACGUGGACGUGGACCUGGUCGUGGACUGGUCGUGGACCUGGUCGUGGACGUGGACGUGGACGUGGACGUGGACGUGGACGUGGACGUGGACGUGGUCGUGGACGUGGACGUGGACGUGGACGUGGACGUGGACGUGGACGUGGACGUGGACGUGGACGUGGACGUGGACGUGGACGUGGACGUGGUCGUGGACGUGGACGUGGACGUGGACAUGGUCGUGGACGUGGACCUGGACGUGGACGUGGACGUGGACGUGGACGUGGACGUGGACAUGGACGUGGACGUGGACGUGGACGUGGGUGUGGACGUGGACAUGGACAUGGACGUGGACGUGGACGUGGACGUGGGUGUGGACGUGGACAUGGACGUCGUGGACGUGGACGUGGAUGUGGACGUGGACGUGGACAUGGACGUGGACGUGGCCAUGGACGUGGACGUGGACGUGGACGUGGACGUGGACGUGGACAUGGACGUGGACGUGGACGUGGACGUGGACUUGGACGUGGACGUGGUCGUGGACGAGGACGUGGACGUGGACGUGGACGUGGACGUGGACGUGGACGUGGACAUGGACGUGGACGUGGACGUGACGUGGACGUGGACGUGGACGUGGACGUGGACGUGGACGUUGACCUGGACGUGGACGUGGACGUGGACGUGGAUGGACGUGGACGUGGACGUGGACUUGGACGUGGACUUGGACGUGGACUUGGACGUGGACUUGGACGUGGACGUGGACGUGGACGUGGACGUGGACGUGGACGUGGACCUGGUCGUGGACCUGGUCGUGGACCUGGUCGUGGACGUGGACGUGGACGUGGACGUGGACGUGGACGUGGACGUGGACGUGGUCGUGGACGUGGACGUGGACGUGGACGUGGACGUGGACGUGGACGUGGACGUGGACGUGGACGUGGACGUGGACGUGGUCGUGGACGUGGACGUGGACGUGGACAUGGUCGUGGACGUGGACCUGGACGUGGACGUGGACGUGGACGUGGACGUGGACGUGGACAUGGACGUGGACGUGGACGUGGACGUGGGUGUGGACGUGGACAUGGACAUGGACGUGGACGUGGACGUGGACGUGGGUGUGGACGUGGACAUGGACGUCGUGGACGUGGACGUGGAUGUGGACGUGGACAUGGACGUGGACGUGGCCAUGGACGUGGACGUGGACGUGGACGUGGACGUGGACGUGGACAUGGACGUGGACGUGGACGUGGACGUGGACUUGGACGUGGACGUGGUCGUGGACGAGGACGUGGACGUGGACGUGGACGUGGACGUGGACAUGGACGUGGACGUGGACGUGGACGUGGAGGACGUAUGGACGUGGACGUGGACGUGGACGUGGACGUGGUCGUGGACGUGGACGUGGACGUGGACGUGGACGUGGACGUGGACGUGGUCGUGGACGUGGUCGUGGACGUGGACGUGGACGUGGACGUGGACGUGGACGUGGUCGUGGACGUGGACGUGGACGUGGACGUGGACGUGGACGUGGACGUGGACGUGGACGUUGACCUGGACGUGGACGUGGACGUGGACGUGGGGGAUGGACGUGGACGUGGACGUGGACUUGGACGUGGACUUGGACGUGGACUUGGACGUGGACUUGGACGUGGACGUGGACGUGGACGUGGACGUGGACGUGGACGUGGACGUGGACCUGGUCGUGGACCUGGUCGUGGACCUGGUCGUGGACGUGGACGUGGACGUGGACGUGGACGUGGACGUGGACGUGGACGUGGUCGUGGACGUGGACGUGGACGUGGACGUGGACGUGGACGUGGACGUGGACGUGGACGUGGACGUGGACGUGGACGUGGACGUGGACGUGGUCGUGGACGUGGACGUGGACGUGGACAUGGUCGUGGACGUGGACCUGGACGUGGACGUGGACGUGGACGUGGACGUGGACGUGGACAUGGACGUGGACGUGGACGUGGACGUGGGUGUGGACGUGGACAUGGACAUGGACGUGGACGUGGACGUGGACGUGGGUGUGGACGUGGACAUGGACGUCGUGGACGUGGACGUGGAUGUGGACGUGGACGUGGACAUGGACGUGGACGUGGCCAUGGACGUGGACGUGGACGUGGACGUGGACGUGGACGUGGACAUGGACGUGGACGUGGACGUGGACGUGGACUUGGACGUGGACGUGGUCGUGGACGAGGACGUGGACGUGGACGUGGACGUGGACGUGGACGUGGACGUGGACAUGGACGUGGACGUGGACGUGGACGUGGAGGACACUUGGACGUGGACGUGGACGCGGACGUGGACGCGGACGUGGACGCGGACGUGGACGUGGACGCGGACGUGGACGUGGACGUGGACGUGGACGGUGGACGUGGACGUGGACGUGGACGUGGACGUGGACGUGGUCGUGGACGUGGACGUGGACCUGGUCGUGGACGUGGACGUGGACGUGGACCUGGACGUGGACGUGGACGUGGACGUGGACGUGGACCUGGUCGUGGACGUGGACGUGGUCGUGGCCGUGGACGUGGUCGUGGCCGUGGACGUGGUCGUGGACGUGGACGUGGACGUGGAUGUUGACGUGGACGUGGACGUGGACGUGGACGUGGACGUGGUCGUGGACGUGGACGUGGACGUGGACGUGGACGUGGACGAGGACGUGGACGUGGACGUGGACGUGGACGUGGACGUGGACGUGGACGUGGACAUGGACGUGGACGUGGACGUGGACGUGGAGGACGAUGUGGACGUGGACAAGGACGUGGACAUGGACGUGGACGUGGACGUGGACGUGGACGUGGACGUGGACGUGGACGUGGACCUGGUCGUGGACGUGGACGUGGACCUGGUCGUGGACGUGGACGUGGACGUGGACGUGGACGUGGACGUGGUCGUGGACGUGGACGUGGUCGUGGACGUUGACGUGGACGUGGACGUUGACGUGGACGUGGACGUGGACGUGGACGUGGUCAUGGACGUGGAGGACUUGGACGUGGACAUGGACGUGGACAUGGUCGUGGACGUGGACGUGGACGUGGUCGUGGUCGUGGACGUGGACGUAGACGUGGAUGUGGUCGUCCACGACGUGGACGUAGACGUGGACGUGGACGGAGACGUGGACGUGGUCGUCCACGACGUGGACGUAGACGUGGACGUGGACGUGGACGCGGACGUGGACGCGGACGUGGACGCGGACGUGGACGCGGACGUGGACGUGGACGUGGACGUGGACGUGGACGUGGACGUGGACGUGGACGUGGACGUGGACGUGGACGUGGACGUGGACCUGGUCGUGGACGUGGACGUGGACGUGGACCUGGACGUGGACGUGGACGUGGACGUGGACCUGGACGUGGACGUGGACGUGGACGUGGACGUGGACCUGGUCGUGGACGUGGACCUGGUCGUGGCCGUGGACGUGGUCGUGGCCGUGGACGUGGUCGUGGACGUGGACGUGGACGUGGAGGUGGACGUGGACGUGGACGUGGACGUGGACGACUUGGACGUGGACGUGGUCGUGGACGUGGACGACUUGGACGUGGACGUGGACGUGGACAUGGACGUGGACGUGGACGUGGACGUGGGUGUGGACGUGGACAUGGACGUGGACAUGGACGUCGUGGAUGUGGACGUGGACAUGGACGUCGUGGACGUGGCCAUGGACGUGGACGUGGACGUGGCCAUGGACGUGGACGUGGACGUGGACGUGGACGUGGUCGUGGACGAGGACGUGGACGUGGACGUGGACGAGGACGUGGACGUGGACGUGGACGUGGACGUGGACGUGGACGUGGAGGACGUAUGGACGACGUGGACAUGGACGUGGACGUGGACGUGGACGUGGACGUGGACAUACGUGGACGUGGACGUGAACAUGGACGUGGACGUGGACGUGGACGUGGACAUGGACGUGGACAUGGACGUGGACGUGGACAUGGACGUGGACAUGAACGUGGGCGUGGACGUGGACGUGGACAUGGACGUGGACGUGGACGUGGAUAUGGACAUGGACGUGGACAUGGACGUGGACGUGGACAUGGACGUGGACGUGGACGUGGACAUGGACGUGGACGUGGACGUGGACAUGGACGUGGACGUGGACGUGGAGGACUUGGACGUGGACAUGGACGUGGAUGUGGACGUGGACGUGGACGUGGACGUGGACGUGGACAUGGUCGUGGACGUGGACGUGGACGUGGACUUGGACGUGGACAUGGACGUGGACGUGGACGUGGACGUGGACGUGGAGGUUGUGGACAUGGACGUGGACGUGGACGUGGACGUGGACGUGGUCGUGGACGUGGUCGUGGACGUGGACGUGGACAUGGUCGUGGACGUGGACUUGGAUGUGGACGUGGACAUGGAUGUGGACGUGGACGUGGACGUGGCCAUGGACGUGGACGUGGACGUGGCCAUGGACGUGGACGUGGACGUGGCCAUGGACGUGGACGUGGACGUGGAUGUGGACGUGGAUGUGGUCGUGGACGUGGACGUGGACAUGGACGUGGACAUGGAUGUGGACGUGGACGUGGUCGUGGACGUGGACAUGGUCGUGGACGUGGACGUGGACGUGGUCGUGGACGUGGAUGUUGACGUGGACGUGGACGUGGACGUGGUCGUGGACGUGGAGGACUUGGACGUGGACAUGGACGUGGACGUGGACGUGGACGUGGUCGUGGACGUGGACGUGGACGUGGACGUGGACGUGGUCCUGGUCGUGGACGUGGUCGUAGACGUGGACGUGGUCGUCCACGACGUGGACUUGGACGUGGACGUGGACGUGGACGUGGUCGUGGACGUGGACGUGGACAUGGACGUGGUCGUGGUCGUGGACGUAGACGUGGUCGUGGACGUGGACGUGGACGUGGACGUGGAGGACGUGGACGUGGACGUGGAGGACGUGGACGUGGACGUGGACGUUGACGUGGACGUGGACGUGGACGUGGACGUUGACGUGGACGUGGACGUGGACGUGGACGUGGAGGACGUGGACGUGGACGUGGAGGACGUGGACGUGGACGUGGAGGACGUGGACGUGGUCGUGGACGUGGACGUUGACGUGGACGUGGACGUGGACGUGGUGGUGGACGUGGAGGACUUGGACGUGGACAUGGACGUGGACGUGGACAUGGACGUGGACAUGGACGUGGACGCGGACAUGGACGUGGACGCGGACAUGGACGUGGACGCGGACCUGGACGUGGACGGGGACAUGGACGUGGACGUGGACGCGGACGCGGACGCGGACGCGGACGUGGACGCGGACUUGGACGCGGACGUGGACGUGGACGUGGACGUGGACGUGGACGUGGACGUGGACGUGGACGUGGACGUGGACGUGGACGUGGACGUGGACGUGGACGUGGACUUGGACUUGGACGUGGACUUGGACUUGGACGUGGACGUGGAAGUGGACGUGGACGUGGACGUGGACGUGGACGUGGACGUGGUCGUGGACGUGGACGUGGACGUGGACGUGGACGUGGACGUGGACGUGGAGAACUUGGACGUGGACGUGGAGGAAUUGGACGUGGACGUGGGCGUGGACUUGGACGUGGGCGUGGGCGUGGACUUGGACGUGGACGUGGACGUGGAUGUGGACGUGGACAUGGACAUGGACGUGGACGUGGACGUGGACGUGGACGUGGACGUGGACGUGGACGUGGACGUGGACGUGGUCGUGGACGUGGACGUGGACGUGGACGUGGACGUGGACGUGGAGGUGGACGUGGAGGUGGACGUGGAGGACUUGGACGUGGACGUGGACGUGGACGUGGACGUGGACGUGGACGUGGACGUGGACUUGGACUUGGACUUGGACGUGGACUUGGACGUGGACGUGGACGUGGACGUGGACGUGGACGUGGACGUGGUCGUGGACGUGGACGUGGACGUGGACGUGGACGUGGACGUGGACGUGGACGUGGAGGACUUGGACGUGGACGUGGAGGACUUGGACGUGGACGUGGGCGUGGACUUGGACGUGGACGUGGGCGUGGACUUGGACGUGGACGUGGACAUGGACGUGGACGUGGACGUGGACGUGGACGUGGACGUGGACGUGGACGUGGACGUGGACGUGGUCGUGGACGUGGACGUGGACGUGGACGUGGACGUGGACGUGGAGGACUUGGACGUGGACGUGGACGUGGACGUGGACGUGGACGUGGACGUGGACCUGGACGUGGACGUGGACGUGGACGUGGAGGUGGACGUGGACUUGGACGUGGACGUGGACGUGGACUUGGUCGUGGACGUGGACGUGGACGUGGACGUGGACGUGGACUUGGACGUGGACGUGGACGUGGACGUGGACGUGGACGUGGACUUGGACGUGGACGUGGACGUGGACGUGGACGUGGACGUGGACGUGGACGUGGACGUGGACGUGGACGUGGACGUGGACGUGGACGUGGACGUGGACGUGGACGUGGACGGGACCUGGACGUGGACGUGGACGUGGACGUGGACGGGACAUGGACGUGGACGUGACGUGGACGUGGACGUGGACGUGGACAUGGACGUGGACGUGGACGUGGACGUGGACAUGGACGUGGACAUGGACGUGGACGUGGACGUGGACGUGGACGUGGACGUGGACGUGGACGUGUACGUGGACAUGGUCAUGGACGUGGACGUGGACGAGGACGUGGACGUAAACAUGGACGUGGACAUGGACGCGGACGUGGACGUGGUCGUGGACGUGGACGCGGUCGUGGACGUGGACGUGGACGUGGACGUGGACGUGGUCGUGGACGUGGAUGUUGACGUGGACGUGGACGUGGACGUGGUCGUGGACGUGGAGGACUUGGACGUGGACAUGGACGUGGACGUGGACGUGGACGUGGACGUGGUCGUGGACGUGGACGUGGACGUGGACGUGGACGUGGUCCUGGUCCUGGUCGUGGACGUGGUCGUAGACGUGGACGUGGUCGUCCACGACGUGGACUUGGACGUGGACGUGGACGUGGUGGUGGACAAGGAUGUGGACAUGGACGUGGUCGUGGUCGUGGACGUAGACGUGGUCGUGGACGUGGACGUGGACGUGGAGGACGUGGACGUGGACGUGGAGGACGUGGACAUGGACGUGGACGUGGACAUGGACGUGGACCUGGUCGUGGACGUGGACGUGGACGUGGACGUGGACGUGGACAUGGUCGUGGACGUGGACGUGGACGUGGACGUGGACAUGACGUGGACGUAG